AAAGACAAAAUAUUUUCCUUAUGGAACACAAGUAUUUACUAAGUUAGGUGUGACGACAAUGCAGCCGAAUGUGUUGGGCGAAGGGUUUUAGGAUAAUUCAACUCUGCUAAAACCCUACCCUUCAGAAAUCCCACCGAAAUUGUAAUCUACCAGACAACUGAAAGAUCAAAGAUGAAGCUGCAAUCUGCGUGUGUUUUCCUCCAAAGCUGUCCUCCGCCAAUCCAAGUUUCGCCCCGCCAAUUUCAACCCGUCAACAAGCAUCACAGAAAUCAAACUGGGUUGAUAAGUCUGAGGCCCGGAUUCCAUAUUCAGCUCAAAUCUGUGGUUCCAUCUUUAAGAAGUAAGGUUUCUGUACGCGCUACUAGUUUGAUUUCUCCAAGGAAGAUAAAUUUUCGGGUUUUUGCAAGAAAAGGGUCGGAUCCAUUUCAGGGGAAGUCUGGUUCGGUUUCUUUUGGCGGGUUGAGCCAUCACUCAGUUGAAGAGGGUAAAUUGGUUUCGGCACCCUUUAAGGAAGGGACUGGCUCCUUACUGUGGGCUUUGGCCCCGGUUGCUUUGAUUUCGGCGUUGAUUGUUCCCCAAUUCUUCAUUGCCAGCGCUGUCGAGGACGCUUUCAGGAAUGAGGUUUUUGCAGAAACUAUUUCUUCCUUCUCAACUGAGAUAAUCUUUUAUGUUGGACUCGCAAUCUUUCUGUUCGUAACUGAACAUGUCCAGAAGCCAUAUCUUGAGUUUAGCGCAAAGAGAUGGUCCCUCAUCACAGGACUUAAAGGAUAUUUGGCAUCCGCCUACUUUACUAUGGGCUUCAAAGUAUUUGCCCCGCUUAUCGCUGUUUAUGUUACCUGGCCAGUGCUUGGCAUCUCCGCCUUGGUCUCUGUCGCUCCUUUAUUGGCUGGCUGUCUGGCUCAAUAUAUUUUUGAGAAGCGUCUUGAGAGGAAUGGCUCAUCCUGUUGGCCUCUUAUACCCAUCAUCUUCGAGGUCUAUAGGAUAUAUCAGCUGACGAGGGCUACAGGUUUCAUCGAGAGGUUAAUAUAUGGAAUGAGGGAGGCAUCUGCAACCCCUGCAGUUAUGGAAAGAACUGGGGCAUUGAUUUCGAUGAUAGUCACUUUUCGAGUUGUUGGUGUCGUUUGUCUCUGGUCGUUCCUGACAUUCCUACUGCGGCUCUUUCCAUCCAGACCAGUUGCUGAGAACUACUGAUUUAUAUAGAGAUAGGAUCUAUUUUGCAUUCCUUAAUGUCGAUACACUCUUCUGUUUUUCCUUGCUUCAGAGAAUGUAGUGUUCAGCGUUAUGAGAUCGAGAUUGCGAAUUUUGCAGCAUUGAAAUACAGAAUUACCUACAGCUAUUAUAGCCUUUGUUGGCCAUGUAACUAAUAAAUUGAUACUAUUUGCUAAUAUAACCAAAUGGUGUAAUUUGUCUA